CUGUGUCAGUUUGACUGUGACUCACUGGUCGCUCAUGUUUGGAUUCCCUUCACUGAGAAGCAGAUGAAGAGCGGGAUAAGGGCAACGCCACAACAACAAUUUCAAGCUGCAUCUGGACCCUCUAAACCAGGAAAAACCGAGCUCAACAUCCCCACCUUCUGGUUAAAAAAGUGAACACCUAUGGAGUCUGUUGGAUUACACAGUUUCAACUCCAUGUGAUUUCUCUAUUUCCAGAAGGAGCUCACAUAUUUUUUUGUGCAUUUUUUUCUUCUUGGACCAAUUCUUCACAGCUCCCUCUGCCAGCGGCAUGUCAGCAAGAAUGACUUUAUAGCUGCUGAGUGCAGGCAGAAUAGAGGAAGAGUAACAUCAAGCAUGGAGACUUCAACUUCUGCUCAUGCAUGGACUCCCUCCCUGUCACCCGUCUUCCCCACUUCCUCCUCUCCGUCCUCUCCCUCCUCUCCCUCCUCUCCCUCCUCUCCCUCCUCUCAUGGCUACCUGCAGUUCUUCUGGGAGUACCAGAACAACUCUGUCAUUGUGGAGCAUUACAACUACACGGGCAAGCUGCAGAAAGACCGCUACCGCGAGGGGCUCAAGCCUGAGGGCUACGCCUUCCUGGUGGUGUGUCUCCUCAUCGUCCUGGAGAACGCCGUGGUUCUCAUAGCCAUCUGGAAGAACAAAAAGUUCCACCUGCCCAUGUACUACCUGCUGGGAAACCUGACUCUGUCUGACCUGCUGGCCGGGAUUACAUACAUGGCCAACAUCAUCAUGUCAGGACCUAACACUCUGAAAUUGACGCCAUUGUUAUGGUUCCUCAGGGAGGGAGGGGUCUUCAUCACUCUGGCUGCCUCUAUAAUAAGUCUGCUGGCCAUUGCAAUUGAACGGCAUGUUACUAUGGUGACCAUGAGGCCAUACCAUGGGGCAAAGCGCGGGCGAAUGUGGGCACUGAUUGGUGCGAGUUGGGCGGUGUCAGGAUUUCUUGGUGUCCUCCCAAUUUUGGGGUGGAACUGCAUCCACAGACUGGACCAGUGUUCGACCGUCCUCCCGCUCUACUCCAAGAGCUACAUCCUGUUCUGCGUCUCCGUCUUUAUCGCCGUGCUGCUUGCGAUCGUGAUCCUGUACGCCAGAGUGUUUCGCAUCGUCCGCACAAACACACAGCGCCAGCGGCUCGGCCUCUCCGGCAGCAUGAGGAAAGGCUUGGCGAGGAAGUCGCAGAAAUACUUCGCCCUCCUCAAGACCGUCACCAUCGUGCUGGGCGUCUUCAUCGCCUGUUGGCUGCCCCUCUUCUUCCUCCUCCUCCUGGAUUUUUUCUGCCCCACCCACGGUUGUUACCUUCUCUUCAAGGCAGAUUACUUUCUGGGAGUAGCCAUGGUCAACUCUCUCCUCAACCCCAUCAUCUAUACUCUGACCAGCAAGGACAUGAGGAGAGCCAUCCUCAGGCUGCUCUGUCAGCCAUGUUUGAUGACCAGUGAUGGACAGGUGAAGAAAAUCGGGAUGCCGUUCCUGGAGUGCAGUUUCAGCAAAACCGAGGUGGCAUCACAGAAAUUAGAGGGGGGCCUGGAGACGACCAUUUCUUCAGGGAACAAUGUCACCACCCCUUCUCCAAUAAAGUCCCUUUACCCCAAACUCUUCAAGUCACAAGGACUUUGACUGACUGAGUCAAUAAGUGCAUAAAUGGGUUUCCCACUGAUCAGAGGACAUGUAGCAGCAGGCUGUUCGGUGAUCUCAAAUGUGGAGUGUAGCCAGAAACAGAAGGUGUAUGAAAUGUAACGGAGGCCUCACCUGGAAAGGUCAGGAGUGAUGCAGCUACAGCAACAAAACCGUGUGAAAGUUUUGACAUUACCACAAAACCAAAGGAUGCCACUCAAAUGUGAACAAGCGACUGACUUUUCAAAGACUUUGGGGAUGACUCUUUGAAGUAAUUUGCACUGAAAUAUCACAACCAGCAGCAUCCUGGAACUUUUAUUUUAUCGUUGCUCUGCAUUUAGUUUUUAAGGCCUAGAAGAGACUUCUGUAAAUUCAAAGAUAACUGGCAUAAAAAAUGUAUACACUCAAAGAUGGAAAAUGUGUGGUUGCCUCUGCUCAUAUUGCAGUUUCAUGUUGAAGUACCUUAAAUACAGCACAAACACAUUUUAAAGUGUAAUCGGUGCAUCUGCACACAUUUGGAUUUCGCUGGUUCGAAAAUUCCCCGGUGUGGUGGAUUCGUUUGAAUUAAACGGUGUAGAGCAGCCCUGCACAUAUAUGAAUGUGUGAUGCAGGGAGACACACAUGAAAGAGAGGAACUGUUUCUAAAAAAAAACAGCGCUCAGACAAGAAUUCUGUGGUAUAGAUGUGGGAGGCAGAGCGAAAUCUUAAAUGCACCCGCUGUUUAGAAAUGACUGAUCAUGAGACCAUCUGAUGCAGACUGAAAAAAUGUCAGUGCAGGGGUGUGUUUUUUUUUUUUUUUAAUUAUCAGGCUGGCAUCUGCAAGAUAAAUGCCACAGCAGCAGCACAACAACAAGUCAUUAUAUAAAUUGAUGACCUGACAGUUGUGACUUAAGAGUUCCAUUUUAUUGUGAAAAGCCUGGUGGUUCAAAUUCAAAUUAACUGCAAUUACAUCACAAUUGCAAGUAUAAGCCCAACGCAUUAGGACUUUAAAAUUUGAUAUUUCAACACCACAAGUCGAACAUCUUACCAUUUAUCAUUUCCCAGCUGACAUGAGGCCUGUAAAGGACGUGAAUGUGCCUGCACUUUUGAGCAAAAUCACGCAUCAACAAUUCAGAUUCAUCACAGUGCUUACCAUCACAAUCCAUCAGGCUCACACAAUAUUUCACUUUUUCAGAGCAGUCUUCUAACUGUUGAAAAAUUCUGUGUAUUUUUUGUCUUAUCUUCUUGUAUGUCUGAAGGAUUUUUGUAUCAUCUGUAUUAUAAAUUAUAACUUUUUGUAACAAUGGAUUUGUAAAAAAAAACAAAAAACGUUUCAUUUCUUUUCAUAAAAGAAAUAAAUGAUUCCUAAAUGAUU